GUUCAAAGUCAGGGGCCCCGCUACGUGUGCAGCACCUGGCCCAACGCCCUGCACCCCGUUUGUUGCUGGAGGGACAGACGGGGCGGGCGGCUGACCAUCCGGUGCCCGCAGGCCGAGGAUGCAGCGCUGGAAGGCGGCGGCCCUGGUCUCGGUGAUCUGCAGCUCCGUGCUGUCCGUCUGGAUGUGUCGCGAGGGUCUGCUGCUCAGCCACCGCCUGGGACCCGCGCUAGCCCCGCUGCGCCGCCCGCCGCGCACCCUGGACGCCCGGAUCGCCCGCCUGGCCCAGUACCGUGCGCUGCUGCAGGGCGCCCCGGACGCGGUGGAGCUGCGCGAUCUGACGCCCUGGGCCGGCCGCGCCCCAGGUCCGCGCCGUCGGGCAGGACCCCGGCGGCGGCGCGCGCGAGCGCGUUCGGGGACGCGGCCUUGCGGGCUGCGCGAGCUCGAGGUGCGCGUGAGCGAGCUGGGCCUGGGCUACACGUCCGACGAGACGGUGCUGUUCCGCUAUUGCGCAGGCGCGUGCGAGGCGGCCGCGCGCGUCUACGACCUGGGACUGCGGCGCCUGCGCCAGCGGCGGCGCGUGCGGCGGGAGCGAGUGCGCGCGCAGCCCUGCUGCCGCCCGACGGCAUACGAGGACGAAGUGUCCUUCCUGGAUGUGCACAGUCGCUACCACACCGUGCACGAGCUGUCGGCGCGCGAGUGCGCCUGCGUGUGACCCUACCUCACCCGGCCCAGCCAGACGGAGGCCACGCUCCCCACCCCGACGGCGUCCACCUCUCUGCCUGGCCAGCCGGGCCACAGACUGCGCGUGCGCAGAG